UAUCUUGGUUCUAACCCUAACAUAAAAUAUAUUUUAUUUGAAAUUUUCUUUGCUCCACAAAUAUGAAUUUGGAGUACUUUACGGAGGGCAUGGACUGCCUGAUGUACUGCGGCCUGAAGCUGUCUCCAGAGCAGCGCAUACUCAUCGAGAACUCGUUGAUUGCCCUGCAGAACGAUAAUCGCUUCUCGGGCAUGUAUCUGUGGGGUCGCAUUGCGGCCACCAAGAACGAUUAUUACAUUGCCUUUGGCUACACCAACGAUUGUUUGAAGGAUCGCAAAUAUUUCUACAGCCUGGAUCAGUUUCAGUGGCAGCUGCUGCCGUUCGUGCAGAGUCCAAAGAUCUUUCAGGCCACGACAUUGGCCCGUCAGCCAUUUAUAGGGGAUCCCAGUCUGAUGAGCUACGUGAAGUUGGAUCCCACAUUUGAGAUUGUGGGCAAUCAUGUGGUGGGCGUUGCUCGCCCGGAGGUGGUCAAGCUGAAGGAGGAGGAGCGCCUGGCUGCCAUUGUCUUCAUCAUAACCGAAGAGUGCGCCAUCUGUCCGCGCGGUGCCCUGUACAAAAUGACCGAUGGCCGCGUUAUACCCAAUCCAAUGUUCUGCGGUUUGGACAACCUGCAGGUGGACAACCAGUCGUUCUAUCAGCUCUAUCGUCUGCCCCGCAACGACCUCAAGGUGAACCUGUCGAAGCGCAGCGACUACAACUAUCCAAUUGACUUUCUGGACACCAUUGACUGUGUGAUUCCGCUGGGGCAGGCCUUUGCCCUGAACUUGCAGCGCAACGAGCGUCUGGUCGUGAUCAAGUCGUGCCUCUGGCUGGGCAUGACCUUCUUCCACAAGAUUAACUCUCACAAGCACGGAUUCUUGUACCUUGGGGAUGGCAAGAAGAAUUCCGAUUUGCUUUUCAUGUAUUAAGUUUUUCUCAUUAAAAGUUUAUUGCUUUGUGGGGGGAACCUGCA